GAAAACUUACACAAAAGUCUCCAAUAUUUGUCUAUAUAAAGACACCAACUGCACCCUUAGAGAUCACAAUUCAUAACUCUCUUUCUCUCUCUCUCCACAUCCAUUUUUCAUUCGUUGACAUCUUCUUCUUCCUGGCGCGGUUACACAGGUUGGUUGGGGAGUGAAAGGUGGCAACAAUGGCAAACAGGAAUUUGGAAAAGAUGGCAUCCAUUGAUGCCCAGCUUAGGCAAUUGGCUCCUGCAAAAGUCAGUGAGGAUGAUAAAUUGAUUGAGUAUGAUGCUCUGCUUCUGGAUCGCUUCCUUGAUAUUCUCCAGGAUUUACAUGGAGAGGAUCUUAAGGAAACUGUUCAAGAAGUGUAUGAGCUUUCUGCUGAGUAUGAAAGAAAGCAUGAUCAUGAGAAACUGGAAGAACUUGGAAAAGUGAUAACCAGUUUGGAUGCUGGGGACUCUAUUGUGGUUGCUAAGUCGUUUUCCCACAUGCUUAACUUGGCCAACUUAGCUGAAGAGGUCCAGAUUUCUCGCCGCCGAAGGAACAAGCUGAAAAAAGGGGAUUUUGCUGAUGAGAACAAUGCAACUACUGAGUCAGAUAUUGAAGAAACUCUCAAGAAGCUUGUGUUUAAAUUAAAGAAAUCUCCUCAGGAAGUUUUUGAUGCCCUGAAGAACCAGACAGUAGACCUGGUUCUAACUGCUCAUCCUACACAAUCAGUUCGUAGAUCUUUGCUUCAAAAGCAUGCAAGGAUACGGAAUUCCUUAUCUCAAUUGUAUGCUAAAGAUAUCACUCCUGAUGAUAAGCAAGAGCUUGAUGAAGCUCUACAAAGGGAGAUUCAAGCUGCCUUCCGUACAGAUGAAAUCAAGAGGACCCCUCCGACACCACAGGAUGAGAUGAGGGCAGGGAUGAGCUACUUCCAUGAAACAAUUUGGAAGGGUGUCCCUAAAUUUCUGCGUCGCGUUGACACAGCUUUGAAGAAUAUAGGGAUCAACGAACGUGUUCCUUAUAAUGCUCCUCUUAUCCAGUUUUCUUCUUGGAUGGGCGGUGAUCGUGAUGGUAAUCCAAGAGUGACUCCGGAAGUGACUAGGGAUGUUUGCUUGUUAGCUAGAAUGAUGGCAUCUAAUUUGUACUAUUCACAGAUAGAAGAUCUUAUGUUUGAACUGUCUAUGUGGCGCUGCAACGAUGAGUUACGUGUCCAUGCAGAUGAACUUCACAGGAAUUCCAACAAAGAUGAAGUUGCAAAACACUAUAUAGAAUUUUGGAAGAAGGUUCCCCCAAAUGAGCCAUACCGUGUAGUACUCGGUGAAGUAAGGGACAGGCUCUAUAAGACUCGUGAGCAUUCUCGCUAUUUACUAGCUCAAGGGUAUUCUGACAUUCCAGAGGAAGCCACUUUCACCAAUGUUGAGGAGUUCCUAGAACCUCUUGAACUCUGCUACAGAUCACUCUGUGAUUGUGGUGAUCGCGCAAUUGCUGAUGGAAGCCUUCUUGAUUUCUUGAGGCAAGUCUCCACUUUUGGACUGUCACUAGUAAGGCUUGAUAUCAGGCAAGAGUCGGACCGUCACACAGAUGUGAUGGAUGCCAUUACAAAACACUUGGAGAUUGGCUCCUACCAGGAAUGGUCGGAAGAAAAGCGACAGGAAUGGCUGUUGGGUGAGUUGAGCGGCAAACGGCCACUGUUCGGACCUGACCUCCCCCAAACUGAGGAAAUCAGAGAUGUUCUGGACACAUUUCAUGUCAUUGCCGAACUUCCAUCGGACAACUUUGGAGCCUAUAUCAUAUCAAUGGCAACUGCACCAUCUGAUGUGCUUGCAGUCGAGCUUCUCCAACGCGAAAGCCACAUCAAGAAUCCAUUAAGAGUUGUCCCAUUGUUUGAGAAACUUGAUGAUCUUGAGGCUGCUCCUGCUGCAUUGGCUCGGUUGUUCUCAAUAGAAUGGUAUAGGAACAGGAUCAAUGGGAAGCAAGAAGUCAUGAUUGGAUAUUCAGAUUCUGGAAAAGAUGCUGGAAGGUUCUCUGCAGCAUGGCAGCUGUAUAAGGCUCAGGAGGAUCUUAUAAAGGUUGCCAAGAAAUUCGGUGUUAAGUUAACCAUGUUCCACGGUCGCGGAGGAACCGUUGGAAGAGGAGGUGGACCUACUCAUCUUGCUAUCCUUUCUCAACCUCCUGACACAAUCCACGGAUCGCUGCGUGUGACAGUUCAAGGUGAAGUUAUUGAACAAUCAUUUGGAGAGGAGCACUUGUGCUUUAGAACACUGCAGCGUUUCACUGCUGCUACUCUAGAACAUGGAAUGAAUCCCCCAUUUUCCCCAAAACCAGAAUGGCGUGCUUUGAUGGAUCAGUUAGCUGUCAUUGCUACUGAGGAAUACCGUUCAAUUGUUUUCCAGGAACCGCGCUUCGUUGAGUAUUUCCGCCUGGCUACACCAGAGUUGGAGUAUGGCCGGAUGAAUAUAGGAAGCCGGCCGGCGAAGAGAAGACCUACUGGAGGCAUUGAAACGCUUCGCGCAAUCCCUUGGAUCUUUGCAUGGACACAGACAAGGUUUCAUCUUCCAGUGUGGCUAGGCUUUGGAGCUGCAUUUAGACAACUUAUUGAGAAGGAUGUUAGGAAUCUCCAUACGCUUCAAGAGAUGUACAAUCAAUGGCCUUUCUUUAGGGUCACAAUUGAUUUAGUGGAAAUGGUGUUUGCCAAGGGAGACCCCGGAAUCGCUGCUCUAAAUGACAGGCUCCUAGUUUCAGAGGACUUGUGGCCAUUUGGGGAACAGUUGAGGAACAAAUAUGAAGAAACUAAGAAACUCCUGCUUCAGGUGGCUGGGCACAAGGAAGUUCUUGAAGGAGACCCUUACUUGAAGCAAAGACUCCGGCUGCGUGAUUCGUACAUCACCACCAUGAAUGUUUUCCAAGCUUAUACAUUGAAACGUAUCCGUGAUCCAAACUAUGAUGUGAAGCACAUUUCUAAAGAGAAAAGCAAACCAGCUGAUGAACUUGUGAGACUGAACCCAACAAGUGAAUAUGCCCCUGGUUUGGAAGACACCCUGAUUCUCACCAUGAAGGGAAUUGCUGCUGGAAUGCAGAACACCGGUUAAAUUUGAGUUGCCACCUCCUUUACUUCCCUUGUAUUUGCAUAAAUAUAGUUGCAUCACUGCAAAGUGAGUGCCUUGUGUUUUUUUUUUCCAAAUCUCAUCCACUUUUUGUUAUUACUAUGUUUUCCCCACUUUGCUGUAUGAUACGGUAUGCUGCUCUAGAAUUUCACAAGAGGCAGCUACCACACAAAUGAGUCAAUCCAAAUAAUAGUUCUGUUUCAUUGCGGAAAAUUUGCUCUGUACUGCUCAACCUUUCUUGUACUUCCUUUAUAUCUCUUCAAUCCAGAAACUCUUUGUUUGGUGA